UUGUAGAUAUAAAUAAAGAAAAUAUACUAUACAAUGAUAUGAAUCCUCCACGUGCCCUCUCCUUCUCUCAUAGUUUUGUCUGCAAUUGCACCGAAGAAGUGAGAAGGGAACUCUUAACACAAAAUUCUAUCAAAUUUAUGCACACCGAUUUACUAUUUCCUCAAUCAAACUUUCUAGAGCUACGACCGAUAAAUACUCUUCUGCAUUUCUUUCGACUUUCAUUUCUAAUUUUGUGGAAUUUUGAGUGGCGAUCAUCGAUACUGAUAUUGUAUCCGUGAGGCGGAGAAAUUGUUCGGAUUGGAGAUGAUGCAUGUGAGCGGCGGAGCUUCAGUGCGUCGGCGCUCGUUUAGGGAUUCGAUCAAACUGCUCGAAGCUGAUAUCCAGCAUGCUAAUACUCUAGCAUCGGAUUUUCCACGCGAGUAUGAUGGUGCAUGCUUGCAGAUGAGGAUGUCGUACAGCCCUGCAGCGCAUUUCUUCCUUUUUCUAGUACAAUGGAGUGACUGUCGUCUUGCUGGCGCACUUGGACUGUUGAGAAUCCUGAUUUACAAGGUGUAUGUUGAUGGCGCCACCACUAUGUCUACCCACGAGAGAAAAGCUAGCAUUAGGGAAUUCUAUGCUGUUAUUUAUCCCUCUUUACUUCAACUUCAGAGCGGUGUUACUGAUUCAGAAGAUGAGAGGCGGAAACCUGUAUGGAUGGAGAGAUACAGGAGACGAGAUGAGGAAAAGCAUGAGCAUUGCUCAGAAGUAAAUCUUCAAGGGGAAGAAGAAUGUGGAAUUUGCAUGGAGAUGAGAAGUAAAGUACUGUUGCCAAACUGUAACCAUGAGAUGUGCCUCAAGUGCUACAGAGAAUGGCGUUCAAGAUCACAGUCAUGCCCAUUUUGCCGUGAUAGCCUAAAGAGGGUAAACUCGGGUGAUCUGUGGAUCUUUCUGAAUGGCAGGGAUGUAAUAGACAUGUCAGCUAUUACAAGUGAGAAUUUACAGAGGUUGUUCACUUAUGUAGAUAAAUUGCCUCUGAUCAUCCCUGAUACCCUAUUCAAUGCAUACAACAAACAUAUAAGCUCGAUUUGGAAGCUUAAGUGGUUCAUCCUACUACUGGUAAUGGACCCAACCUUGCUUUAUGUGAGAAUUGGAGAAUGACAAUGUAAAUGAUUGUAUCCGUUUCAUGUAUAAAUAACUAGUGAAUGCAUCUAGGUAGGACUUUAUGAAUGCACUAUAGGUAGGACUCGUGUUACUCGUAUUAGUCCACGACUCUUCUUAUUCUUGUCUACUUAUGUUUGCCAAAAUAAAUAAGCGUUUUAGGUAA